AUGACAGGCAUUCCUUACGAAUUGUACAGCCGAUUCGCUCGUGAAGCCAAUGUGGUAUUGCCCCCGGUCGGUGAGUUCGCAACCGGAAUGAUCUUCGUUCGAUCGGAUCUGACUACCCCGGCGAAAGUGAUGCACACAUUCCAGUCUUUUGCAGAAGAAUGCGGACUUACAAUCCUUUUCUGGCGGAUGGCCAACGUAAAUAAAGAUGUUAUUGGUCACGUGGCCAAAUCUCGUGAACCGGCCAUUGUUCAGGUCUUUGUGGUGCCCAAGUCAGAAGAAGCAUCAGAACACUCUAUCACCAAAUUGCGUUCGCAGGGAAUGUUCACAACCAAACAACUAUGGUCUUACUACUCCGAUCUGCAAGACCCGGAUUACGCCACACAUUUUGCCAUGGUUCACAACCGUUUCUCCACAAAUACCCUACCCACAUGGGGCCGAGCACAUCCACAACGUAUGAUUGCUCAUAACGGUGAAAUAAAUACUUUACGAGUGAGUGAAAUUGGUUGUGAUUGGAGUGUUGAUGAUGAUGGCGGUGGUGGUGGUGGUGAUGUUGGUGGUCAAUUUGGGGUCACGAUCUCCUUCUGGAGAAUAACACACAUCCCACUCAUUAUCCCGUACGAUCCAAUCACGUAUGCCAGUAUACUGCUUCAACAACCGAGUUCUAACCCCCGGGAGUCCAGUACUGAGUUGGCCGUGAGGCGAUGGCCGCAACAAGGUCGCAAAGAUAGGUUAUGCUAUAUUGCUUAUGUUCAAAAUGAGAACCGCCGUAAUCCGCUGCCUGGUGGCCAAGGAAAUGUGAACUAUUCACGAGCGCGACAAAGUUUGAUGAAGAGUAAACUAUUCCCCGAUGAAUUGCUUCGUAACAAACUAUUUCCGAUUAUCGAGGCAGAAAUGUCCGAUUCUGGGUCAUUGGACAAUAUGCUUGAAUUUCUCUACCACACAGGCACGUAUAGUUUACCGGAGGUGGUGAUUAUGCUUAUUCCCGAGGCUUGGCACAACAUGGACCCAACGAAAGGAGAUGUACCGCAGGCCAAAUGGGAUUUCUUUAAAUGGGCAGCAUGUAGUUUCGAGCCAUGGGAUGGACCAGCACUGGUGGUGUUCUGUGACGGUCGGUAUAUCGGUGCGGUGCUUGAUCGAAACGGGUUAAGACCGGCUCGAUUCUACGCGACCAGUGACGAUAUGGUCUACUUGGCAAGUGAAGUCGGUGUGAUCGACGUGCCAGACAAUGUCCAGAUUGUGCAGAAGGGGAGAUUGAAAGCCGGACGACUGGUGAUUGUGGACACGGAAGUUGGAGAGCUGUUGGAUGAUGAAAAGUUGAAACACAAAAUCGCCACAUCCAAUCCGUACGGGGAAUGGCUAACAAACGGGAAUCGGGAGAUUGCUUGCAACAAUAUCAGACGUGAUGUGUCCCCAUAA